CUUACUUUCCAUCUGUCGCUGUAUAAUUCUUUCUCUUUGCUCAUCCUACUUUCCCUCAUCAGACACUUCUAAAUAACGUACUCUUAUAGCGAGUGAAUCCCAAACAGAGAGAUAGCCACUAUGCCUGCUGUAGAUCCCCAUUAUCUCUGGGCUUUAGGUCACGGGUUGAUGUUGAGUUGUUCGUUAUACAUACUGCUGCAAACAUUAUUCUUCCGUCCCACACCUACCACAAUCUACAAAAUCGGUUAUUCCGGUGCACUCAUGUCUUACGCUAUUGUGGUCUUGAAGACUCUGGGGAAACCUCAAUUGACACAACCUUGGAUACGAAGAGCGUUUGUCGAUGAGAAUGUGCAAUAUGCCGUUUUGGCACUUUAUUGGUGGAUCUCAAAACCUAUCAACAUCUCGGUUUUACCAUUUGCGACCUUUUCUACAUUUCAUUGUCUUACUUUCCUACGGACUAAUAUCAUCCCAAAAUUCGUACCGGCUCCUCCACCCGCGCAAGCUGGGCAACCUCGUCCGCCUCCUGCGUUACUGGAAGCAACGGGCAGAAAAAUUCAGAUCUGGGUCAAGUCGAACUACGACCGAGCUAUGCGAUUUGUCGCGUAUGCUGAAUUGGCCAUUUUAGCUCGUGUCAUCGUUGGUGCUUUGACAUUCCGCACAUCUCUCAUCGCACCAAUCUUUGUAGCGCACUUCAUCCGUUUCCGAUAUCACGCCUCUCCCUUCACCCGAGAAGCCGUCACUGCUGUUUCCACUCGAGUUGAUGGCUUCGUCGCUGGGAAAGGUCAGGCCGUCGAAAACGCGUGGGCCACAGUCAAACGUCUUUUGUCCAGUUGGGGAGGGAUGGCAGUGGGUCAAGGUCCUCAACCUGGACCUGCCGCAGGCGCAGGGGCUGCUGCCGGUCCUGCACCUAGAAGGCCCUAGACUUUUAUGUAGCGAGUCAAGUAUUGGAAUAUUCGGUUUCGGUCAUCAAAAUAUACACUCAAACAGGAUGCAUCCGAAAUGAGAUACUA